AUGCAAUCUAACAAUCGAAGAACCCUCCUCAUAUCAGGAAGCAGUCUCCAAGAAACUUGGAGAAAAGCCAUGGAAGAAGAAAUAGCAGCAAUCAUGAGAAACCACACAUGGAUUCUCACUCCAGCCACAAAGAAUUGUAAGCCCAUCGGUCUUAAAUGGAUUUUUAAGAUAAAGAGAAACUCACAAGGGAAAAUAAUUCGCCACAAAGCCAAAUUGGUCGCAAAAGGGUAUGUUCAAAAAUUGGGCAUUGAUUAUGAGGAAGUUUUUGCCCCAGUAGCAAGAAUGGAGAUAGUUAGAGUGAUAAUUUCUCUCGCGGCCCAAAAUGGUUGGAGACUUCAUCAUCUAGAUGUUAAGUUAGCUUUUUUAAAUAGAGAACUUGAAGAAGAAGUGUUUGUCAAACAGCCGGAAGGUUGCAUCCACAGAGGUAAAGAGAAUUAUGUAUAUAAGUUAAAGAAAGCUCUUUAUGGUUUGAAAUAG